CGGCUAACCUUCUCUGGUUUGGAUGUUGAGGUUUAAAAACAGCAUCUCAGCUCUGCAGCGCUGAUUCGGCUUUAGUUUGACCUAAAUUUAUUAUCAUCCACUAUGAAUAAUUUCAUGGCAGAAAGCCUUCCAUCACAUCGGAGUGUCUGCUUGCUUUGUGCACUGCUGGAACGCCAUAACAGUGACCGUGAUGAACAGUAGCUCCUGUCACCGCUCACGAUCUUUAUGAUAGGACGGGAAUAAAAGGGACACUCUGACCCGCAAACUCGCUUCCGAGGUCGGACAUCCGGAAUGAAACGCUGUCACUGAGGAUUUUUACUUUUCUCCGAGUUUGACUCCAGGCGUGGUGGCAUGGCCUUGUCGUUUUGCGGCAACAACGACAUCAAGGCCUACAGCGUGGAGUACGGCGUGCUGAACAAUGGCUGCUUCGUGGACGCUCUCAACCUGGUUCCCCAUGUCUUCCUGCUCUUCAUCACCUUCCCCAUCCUCUUCAUUGGUUGGGGCAGUCAGAGCUCUAAAGUUCAGAUCCAUCACAACACAUGGCUUCAUUUCCCCGGACACAACAUGAGGUGGAUCCUCACCUUCCUGCUGCUGUUCGUCCACGUGUGCGAGUUUGCAGAAGGCCUCGUCUCCAACAAGAUGAUGUCCAGCAACCACCUGCAUCUCUUCAUGCCGGCGUUCAUGGGCUUCAUAGCAGCGACGACAUCAGUGGUUUAUUACCACAACAUAGAGACGUCCAACUUCCCUAAAUUACUGUUAGUCCUCUUCAUCUAUUGGGUUCUGGCGUUCAUCACAAAGUCCAUCAAGCUGUGGAAGUUUGCAGAGUAUAAUAUCGGUCCACAACACCUGAGGUUCUGCAUCACGGCGCUGUUGGUGAUUCUGUACGGACUUCUGAUGGCCGUGGAGAUCAACGUCAUCAGAGUCAGGAAAUACGUCUUCUUUGCCAACCCUCAGAAGGUGAAGCCACCGGAGGAUUUGCAGGAUUUGGGCGUUCGUUUCCUGCAGCCAUUUGUCAACCUGCUGUCCAAGGCGACAUAUUGGUGGAUGAAUCCUCUCAUCAUCGGAGCUCACAAGAGGCCGAUUGAGCUGAAGAAGAUCGGCAAGCUGCCCAUCGCCAUGAGGGCGCUGACCAACUACCUGAGGCUCAAAGACGCCUACGAAGAUCAGCGGACGGCCGAGGACCCAGAAAAAGCGCCGUCGAUCUGGCGCUCCAUGUACCGAGCGUUUGGCCGUCCGAUCCUGCUCAGCAGCACCUUCCGCUACCUGGCCGACCUGCUGGGUUUCGCCGGGCCGCUCUGCAUCUCUGGCAUCGUGAAAUACCUGAAGGCGAAAGAUGAGGUAGCAACAGCAGACAAGGGGAAGACCCACUUGGGCGUCCACUUCAUGUCCUCCACCGAGCUGCUGCAGAACAGCUCGGUUCUGGCCAUUCUUCUGUUCCUGGCUUUGGUCCUGCAGAGAACCUUCCUGCAGGCUUCGUACUAUGUCACCAUAGAAACGGGCAUCAACCUGCGAGGAGCUCUGCUGGCGAUGAUUUACAACAAAAUCCUGCGUCUGUCCACGUCCAACAUGUCCAUGGGGGAGAUGACGCUGGGGCAGAUCAACAACCUGGUCGCUAUAGAGACCAACCAGCUCAUGUGGUUCCUCUUCCUGUGUCCCAACCUGUGGGCCAUGCCUGUACAGAUUGUGAUGGGAGUGAUCCUGCUCUACUAUUUGCUGGGCUGGAGUGCUUUGGUUGGAGCGUCUGUCAUAGUUCUGUUGGCUCCAGUCCAGUACCUCAUAGCUACGAAGCUGGCAGACACACAGAAAAACACACUGGAACACUCCACAGAUCGUUUGAAAACAACAACAGAGAUUUUGAAAGGCAUAAAGCUGCUGAAGCUUUACGCAUGGGAGAACAUCUUCUGUGACAGUGUGGAGGAGACCAGAGGCAAAGAGCUCACCAGCCUCAAGACCUUCGCUUUUUACACAUCCAUGUCGAUCUUCAUGAAUGCUGCCAUCCCCAUCGCUGCUGUUCUCGCGACGUUUGUGAUGCAUCACUUCAUCAAUAAAACCGGCCCGAGUCCUUCUGAGGCCUUCGCAGCUCUGGCCUUGUUCCACAUCCUGGUCACUCCUCUUUUUCUGCUCUCCACUGUGGUCAGAUUUGCUGUGAAAGCUCUGGUCAGUGUCCAGAAGCUCGGUGAGUUUCUUCAGAGUGAUGAAAUCGGAGACGACAGCUGGAGAAAUGGCCACAUAUCUGUUACCUUGGAACCUGGAAAGAAACACCUGGGGAUGACCAAAGCCAUCAACAGGAAGCAGCCAAUGCGCUACCAGAUGGACAACUACGAGCAGCCGACCAGACGGCAGAUGAGACCCACGGAGACGGAGGACGUGGCUGUAAAGGUGAGCAAUGGAUCCUUCACCUGGGGAAGCAACCUGUUGACGCUGUCGGACAUCAACAUCCGCAUCCCCACAGGUCAGCUGACGAUGAUCGUGGGCCAGGUGGGUUGUGGGAAAUCCUCCCUGCUGCUGGCGAUGCUUGGCGAGAUGCAAGCCAUUGAAGGAAGAGUCUACUGGAGCAAGCUGCCUGAUUGUGAGAUGAUCAACGAGGGGAACAUAAGUUGGUCAGAGACAGAAGAGUCUGACGAAGACAUCAGGAGCAAGAACAGACACUCUGUGGCCUACGCUGCUCAGAAGUCCUGGCUGCUCAACGCCACAGUGGAGGAAAACAUCACCUUCGGCACCCCUUUUAACAAACAAAGGUACAAAGCCGUGAUUGACGCCUGUUCUCUGCAGCCCGACAUUGACCUGCUGCCUUUUGGAGACCAAACUGAGAUUGGAGAGAGGGGCAUCAACCUGAGUGGAGGUCAGAGACAGAGAAUCUGUGUGGCCAGAGCUCUGUACCAGAACACCAACAUCGUGUUCUUGGACGAUCCCUUCUCUGCGCUGGACAUCCACCUCAGUGAUCACCUGAUGCAGGAAGGAAUCCUCAAGUUUCUGCAGGAUGAUAAACGAACGGUGGUCCUCGUCACACACAAACUGCAGUAUCUUAUCCACGCUGACUGGAUCAUAGCCAUGAAGGACGGCUCUGUGCUGAGAGAGGGAACCCUGAAGGACAUCCAGACUCACGACGUUGAACUUUACGAUCACUGGAAAACUCUGAUGAACAGACAGGACCAGGAGCUGGAAAAGGACAUACAGCAGGACAGUCAAACAACACUUGAGAGGAAGACGCUGAGGAGAGCUUUCUACUCCAGAGAGGCCAAGAACCAAAUAGAUGAUGAGGACGAAGAGGAAGAAGAGGAGGAGGAAGACGAUGACAACAUGUCUAUGACCACCAACAGACGAUCAAAGAUUCCCUGGAAGGUGUGCUGGUGUUAUCUGUCCUCUGGUGGCUUCUUCAUGGUCUUCCUCAUGGUUUCCUCCAAACUCCUCAAACACUCCGUCAUCGUCGCCAUUGAUUACUGGUUGGCUCUCUGGACGUCCUCCAAAAGAAACCAGAGUGCAGAAGGUGGAUCGGACAUGUUUAAUGGAACCACUCCAGCUUACAUCGGCAACGCCUCACUUCCUACGCCCGGUACUCCUGAGGCCGAGCUGGACUCCUACUAUCUUACGGUGUUCAUCAUCCUGUGUGCAGCUGGAAUCACUUUGUGUCUCAUCACAUCUCUCACUGUGGAGUUUCUGGGUCUUUCUGCAGCCACCAACCUGCACCACAACCUGCUCAACAAGAUCAUCCACGCUCCCAUCAGGUUCUUUGACAUCACUCCUUUGGGGCAGAUUCUCAACAGAUUCUCAGCUGAUACCAACAUCAUUGAUCAGCACAUUCCUCCAACGCUGGAGUCUUUGACGAGGUCCACGCUGCUCUGUUUGUCGGCCAUCGGGGUCAUAGCCUCGAUCACUCCUGCUUUUCUGAUCGCCUUGGUUCCCCUGGGGGUGGCCUUCUACUUCAUUCAAAAGUAUUUCCGGGUCGCCUCCAAGGAUCUCCAGGACCUUGAUGACUCCACUCAGCUUCCUUUGCUUUGCCACUUUUCUGAGACUGCUGAAGGUCUGACUACAAUAAGAGCAUUCAGACAGGAGGCUCGUUUUAAACAGCGUAUGUUGGAGCUGACAGACACUAAUAACACAGCCUACCUGUUUCUGUCUGCUGCCAACCGCUGGCUGGAGGUCCGAACGGACUACCUCGGAGCAGUGAUCGUGCUAACGGCAGCAGCAACGUCAAUAUGGAGUUUACGAUUUGGUUUACAAACUGGAGGACUGGUGGGCCUCGGACUCACCUACGCCCUCACUGUCACCAACUACCUGAACUGGGUUGUGAGGAACUUGGCAGACCUGGAGGUUCAGAUGGCAGCUGUGAAGAAGGUCAACAGUUUCCUCGGUACAGAAUCGGAAAACUACGAGGGAUCUAUAGAUUCCUCUCAGGUGCCCGAGAGCUGGCCUCACAAUGGCGAGAUAAAGAUCCACGACCUUUGCGUUCGCUACGAUCCGAUGCUCAAACCGGUGCUCAAACACGUCAAUGCCUACGUCGAGCCAGGCCAGAAGGUUGGAAUCUGUGGUCGAACUGGCAGUGGCAAGUCGUCCCUAUCAUUGGCCUUUUUCAACAUGGUGGAUAUUUUCGAAGGGAAGAUCAUCAUCGACGGGAUUGACAUCUGUAAACUUCCUCUGCAGACUCUCAGGUCGCGACUCUCCAUCAUCCUCCAGGAUCCUGUGUUAUUUAGUGGAUCAAUAAGGUUUAAUCUGGAUCCAGAGAAGACGUGCACCGAUGAUCGACUGUGGGAGGCGCUAGAGAUCGCUCAGUUAAAAAACAUGGUGAAAGCGCUUCCUGGAGGACUAGAUGCGGUGGUGACAGAAGGUGGAGAGAACUUCAGCGUUGGCCAGAGGCAGCUCUUCUGUUUGGCCAGAGCAUUUGUCAGAAAAAGCAGCAUCCUCAUCAUGGACGAAGCCACAGCAUCUAUAGACAUGGCCACGGAGAAUAUCUUACAGAAAGUUGUGAUGACGGCGUUUGCAGACAGAACAGUCGUUACAAUCGCACAUCGCGUCCACACCAUCCUCACAGCUGAUCUGGUCAUCGUGAUGAAGCGAGGAAACAUCCUGGAAUACGACAAACCCGAGACUCUUUUGGAGCAGGAGGAUGGGAUGUUCGCUUCGUUCGUUAAAGCUGACAUGUAGAAACGCAAUCAGCCAGCGCAAACAACUGACAGACUGCUCAGUUUAUUGAUCUGCAACUUUUUUAUCAUCUUGACGAGGCGCACGAACCUGUGAGACUCCAACGAAGCCAAUAGCUCACUGUUUUCUAAACGAGAAGCUUCCCUGUUGGUUCUGUGGGAGAAAAAACCUUCAGAAACGCCAUCGAAUGCCCGUUAGUGUGUUUAAACAAGUGGUACUUAAAACAGUGAGUCUGUUAAAUAAUGCCUUUUUAAGAUUUGACAUAUCUAGGCGCCAUUUAAUAUUCAACUGAUGAUUGAGUUUUUACAGUUUUCACUCUGAAACCGUAGGAAUUUACCAAGCAAACUGCUCAGUGAGUUCAACACUGGAGUAACUCAAGUAAUUCUGCUGUUGGAUCAGUCAGGUUUCAGAGUGACAGUGGAAACUAGAAGCAUAAAAAUAAAUAUUUUCAAUGACUAGAUCGUAGCUUAGAUUGAUUUUAAUAUUGGUUCACCUAAAUCACAAACUAAUCUCAAUGAAAAUCUGAGUUUUCUUGACGAGAUUUUCACCUUUUCAAUGCAAUAAGCAGUAAAGACAUUUUUAGUUUCUGGUGCUCAGUGCUGAAAAGUUAGAUUCACGAUCGGGUGUCGCUGUGAAGUGUCCUCAUUUUAACGUCUGUCUACCAAAGAAGCCUCAAGGAAAAAUAUCUAGUUGUGGAUUAUUUACAGCAACAAAACCUGCUGCUAUAGUGUAGUUAACCACAAAUGAAUCUCCAUUCACUUCCAUUGUAUUGGAGUAUUGACAGUAAUCUCAGAGACGAAUAGUUGGUGAUUUUGGUGUAACUUGAUUCAGCUGCAAGAUGGAAACAGAUCCCAUCUUUCCUGUGGUCCAGGAUAAGUGAUAUGCUGAAUUUAAAGUAGCCAACAGAGAAUAGUCAUGGUUUAUUUCUGGUUAUUACAGUUCUGUGUCUUUACAAACUCCUGAUCUGUGAGGUCAUACUGGGAUAGUAAAAAAAUAAAUUAUCUGAAAAUGAGACAGGUCAAUUAAGGUGAGACACUACAGGCAAAAAGGUUGUCAUAGUUUGCUGUGGUCGCUUUUUAGAUUUUGGGAUUUUUUUCCUCUGACUUCAGAGUCAGAAAUCUCCAGCAGCACUUUACAGUUUUACUCCUGACUAUAUUCUGAAGGUUUUCACUAAAUUCACUGUUCUUAUAUUAUUCACAGCCUGCUUUAUUGGGCAUUUUUUUCCUAAAAACAUGUAGUGGUUUUUUUUUUUAUAUAUCUGUCCGAUGUUUUUGGAUUAUUGAGGAAUUUAAAGAGAUAUCUAAAAUCUUCUUUGUAAAAACCUUUGAUUCUAAUAUAUCUACAAUUCUGAAACCAGUUCAGGCCGAUGUUAAGAUUUAUUUCCUGGAAAUGAUUAAGAAUUAUGUAGUGCCUCAUUUGCAUUAAGUAAUCAAGUCAGAUUCUUUCAUGGUGAUAUCUUCCCUUGUAAUGUCUCUCCUUAAAGAAAACUAUAAUUUGCUGUCAAAAAAUCCCAUGAAAGACCAAACCAGCAAUGAAUUGGUCAUCUUAUAAACCAUCAACACAGUAGUUUGUAUCACGUUAAACCUAAAACACCAAAAUGCUGCCACAAAAUUCAAACAAAUGCCCAUCCAAUAGUUAUCAUCCUGUUGGUUUAGUGAAAACCACCGGUGGUUUAAAGAAAUAAUGUAACUUUUCAUUAAACCGUACAUAUUUGUGAUGAGGUUAUAACGAUUUACUUUGAGCGAACUCAACUCGAGAUCCAGCUUCAUUUGUUCAGUGCGAGUUGCAAAAUGGAGGAAAGAAAAUGGCAAGGAGUGAAGAUAAGAAACCAGCCACAGAAAAACAACACAGAAAACGUCAGAAGUUUGAAAUGAUUUUGCGCUAAAAUACUUCAGAAACUCUGCACAGUGUUUCCAUCGUAAAGCCAAGCUUGCCUAGCACAUUAUCAGUGUUUCAACAUCACAGCAAAAAACCUCUAGUUUACACGGUAUUGGACUUUUUUUAUCUAUAUAUAUAUAUAUAUAUAUAUAUAUGUAUGCGUGUAUAUAUGUAUGUCAUUUAUGGACAGUAAAAAAAAAAGUAGCUUCAAUCAAGUUAUAAAACUGAAAUAAUGGAGUUUAUUUUCAGGUUUUGUGGCAGUGAAAACUGUAGACUUUAAGAUGGUGUAGACAAUAGCUCAUUAAAUAGCUUGAGCUCUUUUUUAUGAUAGAAUUUUGAAAGUCUUUAUCGUGUGUAAAAAAAAAAAAAAAAACUUUGACCAUUUAUAUGCACCACUUUCUGUAUCAGUACAUACUUUUAUAGCACUUCUAUUAUGCAAUUAUAAGGAAGGGAGAAAUAUAUUGUGUUUAAAAUCUUUGCCAGUGAUUUUCAACUUUGUAUUGUACAGUCUCCGUCACUGGAACGGAUUUUAAAUGUUAAUAUUGUAGUUCUUGUGUAUUCUGUGCCACAUUUUGAUGUUAAGUUCUGCCAAAGAGGUAAAACUGACAGAAAUGGCAAAGUUGUUGUGGUCGCUUCAUGCCCACCAGAGGAAACGUUCGUUUGACAAAUGAAAUCAACAUCAGUGGAUUUUUUGUUGCCGUUUUUGGUGUCUUGUUUGCACCUUUUCAUGACAAAAAAAAAGACUUAAUUCUUCACAACGUCCUCAAUCUGUCAGCAGUCACCACCAGGAGGUUGACUUGUUUGUCUUUUUUCCUAAUUUUUGCUGGUUUAUGAUGUCGACUUGGAAAGAUUCACAUCUUUGACAGCGAAAUGAAACUGUCACGGUAGAAGAACUUCAAGAAAAUCAAGUAUUGGCAACAAACUUUGGUGUGUAGAAGGUGGAAGAAGACCAGAAACAACCCAAAAUUGGCUUUUUUGCACAUUAAAUGCUUCAUUGGGCUCUGUAAAGAUUCAAAUCACUGCAGAAUGCAAGUACAAUAUUUGUCUUCUCAUCAGUUCCAGAGUUUUUAAGCUGACAAAUGCUUGAUUUGAUUGCUGCCCUGUUUUCUAGUGGUUUUCAAUGAUUUUAGCAUCUCCACUGUAGCUGGUAUUGACUUCUGCUAAUUUUCAAUGUGAAUCAGUCGAAAGGAGACCUGUUUUGCUCAUUUCCAGCUCUGUUAUAUUUCUUUUGUUAGACUCUGUUGGGAGUAGUUUUUGCACAAUUCCGUUUUUGCAUAAUUCAUGCAACCCCUCAGUUCAUCCUAGUCUGCAACAAACAAUUAGCUGUCAACUACUGCACAGCUAUUUUGAUGAGUAGUUGAUUAGUUUAAGUCAUUUUUUAAAGAAAAAAGUCUAAAUUUUCUGAUUCCAGCUUCUUCCUUUGAUUCUAUUUGAGAGUAAACUUAAAAUCUGUUGGGUUGUGGACAAAACAAGGUAUUAAAGGAUGUUAUUUUGGGCUUUGAGACAUAUUACUGAAUCAUUUUCACCUUUUUCUCACAAUUAUAGUCCAAGCAACUCAUUGACUAAUUAGUAAUUGAAAGCAAUCAAAACACUAAUCCAGAAAUUUACAUUAUUGUUAAUUAUAGUACUACCCUAAAAGCUCACUUUCUUCUGAUUGGCUAACUUCUGGAAGCCUGCCGAGUGUCAGCAACCAGUUUUUAAGCUGCAUUGUCUGUGUGUGAUUUUGAGUUUCUCAAAUGAACAAAGACUUGAUCUGCUCGACUGCCUCUAAUUCACAGAUCCUGGAGGUGUGACCCAAACUCUAACCCAUUCUUGCGUACCUGUACGUCAUUGUCAUACUGUCUCUGUAGCAAAUGACCAAAUAAAAAACAUGACAUAGAAAAAUCUGAAACUUGGAAUACUUUAACUCUUUAAUCUUUGGCCACAUUUCCAAUUAGCAUCGAACAAUUUAACAUAUAUUUUACAGAAAAUGACGACAAGCAAAACAGGUCUCCUUUAAACAUUGAUUUGUUGGGGCAAAAAAGUAGUAUUUAUAUUUAUGUAUUUAAUCACACUUUGUUGUCAGAUUGAGCCUAUGAAGAAAAAUCUAUCAAUUAGAUGAACAGAAAAGCAACAGGUUAUCUCUGACACGCUUCAGUUGAUAAAUACCCGAGUUAAAUAUGAACAAAUAUGAGUCCUAAAGCUAAAAUUUGGUGUUUAGUUUCUGGUCUUCUUCCUCCGUCUCUCCAUUCUAUCGGUUUAUUUCUGUCCUACUUUAGUACAAACACUGUCGGGUGUCUCGGCUGCAGCCGCUGAACCUGCUGUCUGUCUGUCGUCAUGCUUUGCUGAACUUAUCGUCGGGACAAUGGACGCCAAACAGGAGCUCCUUUAACUAGAGAUGGUUCAACUUGGAGGUUUUGGAGGGAUGUGUUUGUUUUUGAUGAUGCUGAGAAAAACUUACAAGUGAUCAGUCGAUUCCAGUUCCUGAAAGCAUUUAGCUAAAACCUAAAGCUGUAACUAUUGGAACUUUCUAUGGUAACAAUCAAUGGAAUUCCAAACCCAAAGAGAGCUAGCACUUCUGUCGAGUAGUUUAGCCUUUUUAAGCUCAUUGUUUUUAUAUUUUUGAGUCACCAGACAACUUUAGCAACUUUAUGAAGAAAGUGAAGCAUCUACUGGCUAAACAGUGACAUUUUUUAAUCAGGAGUUGGUGGAGACCAAAGUCGAGCUCAUAGGAGAGUAAAUAUUGCACUUAAUUAGCAGGUGGACAGAUAGUUACAGAUUAUGGAUUGAAAAUAUGAUUUUAAGUCAGCUGUUGUGGUUUUAGCUCAAUCUGCUGCCUCAAAAAAUACAACUUUAAGACAGGGAAGUUUAAAGCUAUUUUUUGGACUUUGAGUUAACACAGAAGUCAAGAUUAUACAAUUAUGUACAUUAGAGUUUUCUAUAACAUUGUUUGCAUGACUUAAACCAUUAGAACUUUAUUUUUCUGUCAAAUUUUGGAAACACUCUUAACAGCGAGUACAUCAUUUUGCAUCCAGAAGUGCAGAAGCAUUUUUAUUUCUGUGUUUGUUUUCCGUUUUUGUUUUCUCGGUGUUGGCAAAUGAGCAGAUUUUGCACUGUUCAAGAAAAAAUAUACACAUUUUAGUAGAGAAUUCAAAUGAAAACCACAGAAUAUAAGUUGGGUUAGCAUAAACAUCUGGAAACAGCUCAUCUCUAUCUGUGUACAAGUAACAAAUAUACCUGCCAGCACCUUUUAAAAUUCAUAAAUUAUGUUUUUAUUCUCAUUUGUUUAAACUGUUCAAAGAGUUUUCAGGGAAAAUAUGUGCCAAAAUAUUAAAUCCUAUGUAAUACAGGCAACCAGUCUUUGCCAAAUUGGUUAGCAAUGGUGUUUGUUUACAGUCCUCUAUCUGAAUUCCCAAAGGAAAAAAACAUCUGGACAAAAUUUGGAAUAAGGUUCUGAAAAAAAUAAAUUAUUAAACCGUUAGAACGGUUAAGAUUCUUCCUGAAAAUGUCAUUUUUAAAGAUUUUUCCAAUACAAAUGUGAUUCAGUGUUGUUAAUUUACCAAAUUUAAAUGAACAUAGGCUCAAAAAACAUACUUGGAUCCCAGUUUAACUCGCUGUAUUCACUGUCCAAAACUUCAAUUUCCCAAACACUGAGCUCAUAUUCCUCCAGUCUCUCCAUCACUCCUGGUUUUUCAAGUGUAGCAAUAACUGAUAACCUGAAAGAUCUUAGAUUAUGAGAUGAAUCUUAAUUACAAGAUAAGUUUCUGUAGCUGUGUUAUAAUCCUGAUUCAGACUUUUUCUAGUCUCUGUGGGAGCGGUGCUAUUGUCCCUUUUGUAUUGUUGUAUAUUAAUUAUACUUACUUAGCUUUUGGGUGAGGUUUUAUAAAUGAACUGUACAGAAUUAGUACAAAACAGAAUAUUGCAGCAUUUAAAAUAUAUAUCUCAUACUCUUCAUCUCAAUAAGCUGCCAAUUUCCAGCUCCGUGGGUUUUCCAAACUUUUACUAGCUGAGAUGUUUAAAUUUCUUCUUUCUCCAUCUUCUUCCACUGCAGCUUCUCCAAGUCCUCCUUCACCUCCUCGGUUAAAGAGUUAAUGCUGCUUUUCUUCUUUUAGAAAUAAUUCAGCUGCCUUUUAGUGUCUUGACUGCUUUUUAUCUUCAGCUUGCUGCAUGUUUGAAACCAGUGUUUUCAUGCAGCUGUUGUUCACACUGCUGCCUUGUAAAAUCCACAAAUCAUAAUCAUCUUUCUACAAAAUCACAUUAUCCUUUUUUAUUGACUGUUUUAUGACAGAGAAGACAGAUUUGCAUUUUUAUUUCUCUGUAUUUUAAUCCUUUCCCCUCAUGUUACAGUUUGCUUUCACUUUCUGCUCAAAGAUUGUCUUUUUCUAGCAGAUUUCAGAUUUUUUUUUCUAGUUUUAAGGAAAAGACAACAUAAAUUUCACGUUUUAAAUGCAGUAAAUGGGUGCAUAUUUGUUUGCGUGUAACAUUGUGCACUCAUUGUCAAAGCUAUGCAGAUCAGAACGCACAUCCGACUGUUGAAGAAUGCAACUUCAAGUGGUUUUUAAAGGUGCAGGUCAAUUUUUAAGAGGUUUUUUAAAAAUUCUAAAUGUCUGUACAUUGUGUAUGUAGUCGCCUGUAUAUCAAAGGGUUUUAAACAUAUGUAGAAAACUAUUAUGUGUGCCUAAUUUCUUUUUUUUUUUACACUUGAAAUAAUAAAAUGGUUUUGAGUGA